GGAUGUUUUGUAUUUAGCAGCGCAUAAGUAGCGAACGGCUCGCACGUUUCUCGACGAUUAGAGCCCUUCAGCUCUCUUUGUCACAGUAGUCACUCCAUGUUGAAUCUAUCUCGGUCAGAUUUCGUCCCGACCUUGCUGCAUCUAAACGGGCCCCCCGCUUACGGUAGAGGGUGAGAAUCUCGUCUUUGAUCUCGAGCGCCGUAAUGAGUCAAGACGCGACCAAGCAGCAGACCACACACGGCCUGAACGAGUGGAAAGAACGUCCGCCCUACAGCAUCCAUCAGGACGACUUCGAGGCAGUAUACGAAGCAAGCUGCCAUUGCGGUAAAGUCCAGUAUCAGCUGAGCCGCAAGGAACCUCUCGACAGCAAGCUGUGUCACUGCACGACUUGCCAAACGCAGCACGCCGCGCCCUUUCAGUGGGCUGCCAUCUUUCACAAGGAAGACAUCAACUUCAAGAAUGGACAUCACAACCUUGAGUGGUACGACCCUUCGGAGAAAAGCAUCGAGCACAAGCUGCCGUGCAAGGUCCGAUGCUCUUACUGCCACAGUCCCAUCAUGGACGAAGGGCGAAACAUGAUCUUGCUCUUCCCUUCCUUGAUCCACUUCCCGGAUGAUGACAGCAAGCUGAGCUUCAGGCCGCGGUGUCACAUGUUCUAUAGUCAGCGCGUUAUGGACGUCCCAGACGGGCUUCCCAAGUGGACGGGCAUGGACAAGACCAGUGAGCUGAUUGAGGACAGUCCGCCGGAACGGGCGAGGGAACUCGAGACGGAGAGAAAGGAGGAGAGGAAGAACAAGAGGUUAAAAAUCGGAGACGAAGGAAAGGGCGCGAACGAUGUUGCGUCACCAUGACUUGACCCGCGUGGCCUUUUUGCUUUGGACCUGUUGUUCGCUGAAUCACGUCUGACUUCUCAAAGGUGGAAAGGCGAAAGAACUUGUACUGUGUUUGAGUUUCUUUCAUGACAGAUCGGCGAUUGUGGACGAAGAGAGACAAAAAAAAGGGCAGAUGGGAAAAAAAAAAUAAGCGUGAGGGGGAAAAACAAGGUACGACUCGAAUGAGACAUGAGAGGUGCUUUGCCCAGAAAUAUUGUAUCUCGAAUUAAUUGUAUCUAACAUCUAAG